GGAACUAAAAGUAUUUUCUCCAUGAUUCUCCAGGAAAGCUUUUGCAAAACUGUUGGAGCGUGGUACUAAGUGUGGGGGAAGGACUGGGCAUGCCAACGGCGAUGCACUGCAGCACAGCUUUCUUGAUGAGGAAGAGCAGCUGUGCUGUGAUGUCAGCUUCAGCUGCCCAGCAUGCACACCUGAAAUGUUGGCACUUUCAGCUGAUGGGAACAGAAAGCUAUAUCACUUUCAGCAAAACGAAAGGCAGGGUAACGACAUGGUGAUAAAUGAGUGUGUGGGCCAUCUGCUGAGGACCAAGAGCUCAGGACACUCAGACGGGGGCGUCGCAGCAGGAGUCACCGUGCUCCACAAUCCUCUGCUGCUCUGAGAUGUCAGACUCCUGCCUGCACAUACAAACCACAGUGAAGUCAAAGUUCCACCUGCACCUCCACCUGUUCUUGCAACAGCAUGAACACUGACAGAGAGGGUCUUGAGGGUCUGUGUAAACAGAAAGAUGUUGGCGAUGUCCCAUGGAGGCUAAGAUUGGCACUGAGGCUGGCCAGCAGAAGGUGAGGGCCUGGGGUCCUGGACUGGAAGGAGGCGUUGUUGGUAAAUCUGCUGACUUUGUGAUGGAGGCUGUUGGAGACAAUGUUUCUCUCAGACCAAGAUUGAAUGUGAUGACAAGGGUGAUGGAUGGUGUGACAUGCGCUGCGGGCCCACAGAACCAGGUUAAGGCGUACGGUCCAGGCCUUCAGAGCAGUGGUCUGGCUGUUGGAAAACCCACUGAAUUCACAGUUGAUGCCAAGCAAGGAGGAAAAGCUCCUCUGAAAAUUAUAGCCCAGGAUAGUGAAGGCAAUUCUGUGGAUGUCCACGUUAAGGAUAAUGGCAACAGCACAUGUACCUGCACCUACACCCCACGUAAGCCUGUGAAGCAGACUGUGAUGGUCUCCUUGGGAGACGUUAACAUCCCUGAGAGUCCAUUCAGGAUGAAUAUCGGAGCAGGCUGUCAUCCAAACAAGGUGAAGGUCUCUGACCCUGGAGUGGCAAAGACAGGCCUCAAAGCCUUCAAGCCAACAUAUUUCACGGUUGACUGCUCAGAGUCUGGUCAGGGUAAAGCUCCAUAAAACUGUGUGUGAGAGUAAAGAGCGCAAACAUAUGAUCAUGUCAAAGAAAUAUUCCAAACAACAGUAACAUGUUUAGAAACAGAUAUUACAGGGAAACUUAUUUAACCCACCUGCUGUUUGAGGCUAAAAAUGACUGUAGAGCAUUACCUGCAAAGGUAACAUGCUAACACAGCCUUUGUCCUCUGCCAUCAGGACAAAGGCUGUUUGCGUUUAGGCUAUUCCAAUGACACCAUUCAGGGUCAAAGUGGAUCCUUCUCAAGGCAGAGGGACCAGGACUCAGCCGCAGUGGAAGAAGGUGGAGGAGCAGCUCCAGCAGAGCAACACCAGAGGUGUGUGGAGAGGACUGAACACCAUCACUGGACGGAGCACUGUGAGCGGAGGGGGUCCAGAGUCUGGAGACCAGGUUCUGGCUAACAGAUUGAACCAGUUUUUUAACAGGUUUGAUUCAGUAGCCCUUCCCUCCCCCAUCCACCAGAGCUCGUCACACCUCUGCAACCCCCCACAGCACCGGGGACAUGAAAUGCACCUCACCUGUCCCCCUUUUCCUUUUCCUUCAACCACUCUACUGGGUCUAAGUCGUCUCCACCUGCUACGGCGGCUGAGAUCCUUUGAGGUGAACAGAACACUCCUCAGGACAUUUUAUGACACUGUGGUGGCGUCUGCUAUUUUCUAUGCUGUGGUCUGCUGGAGUGGUGGAAUGGCAGAGAGGGACAGGGGGAAACUCAACAAACUGGUCAGGAGGGCCAGCUCUGUCUGAGCGCUACCGCAGGUCAUUCUUACCAGCAGCUGUCAGACUCUAUAAUGCAGCUUAACAUUCCUUUGGUCAUCUUACUCACCAGCUUGUUAGUUUACUCUACAUUUUAUACAUAUCUCCGUACAAUUUUCUCAGUUUUUCUAUACAUAUUCUGUACAUUGUUACCUGUAUAUACGAACUUCGGUUGCUUACGUUCAUAGGACCACCCUGUGUCUUCCUUUUAUAUUUUAUUUUCCCUUUCUGUAAGAGCUCUGUAACACCAAAAUUUCUAAUCCGUGGGAUUAUAAAGGUUUAUUCUAUUCUAUUCUAUGUUUUAUAUUUGUUUGUAUUUUCUGUAUUUUCCUUCUGCUAUCUGUACCUGAGCUGAGGAAACAAAUUUCCCCGC